CAUACGCCCCACCGAGUCCGAGGUACCUGCUGAAAACAGCUGGUUUUGGUUCUUUGUACUCCGAAGCACCUGAUAAUAAAGGCGCAAUAGUAGCCCAGUCAGUUGACAAACAAAGCGCAAAGCAGAAGUACCUAAGGGGCCAUUAGUCCAGAUCCUCCAGUCAAGCCAUGCAAUCCUGCCAUUACCUACUACUCGCCCUGAUUUUGGCCCUCCUGGGCUUGAGCCCCAGUUCCGGUUACUCCCCACGAAGAGAUGAACUUAUUAUUAGAAAAUUUAAACGACAGCAGGAGCUAAACCACGCCAAGAUCGCCAGGGAUUUGGUCCAUCGCGCCAAUUGGGCGGCUGUGGGAAGUCUCUCCACCAACGAACUGGUGAAGGGGUAUCCCAUGGUCAACAUUAUCUCCAUAGAUGACAGCGAUGCUAACAACAGGUCCACUGGACGGAUUCGAUUCCUGCUAACCGAUUUGGACUUCACUGGUCCCGACUGGCAGACGGCCAACAAGGUCACACUCAUGUUCAGUGAUGAGCAGACCCUUAGGUGCAAGGAAGGCGGAAAGGAUCCCAUGGAGCCUACAUGUGCCCGCUCCAUGAUCAGUGGACAGGUCAAAAAGAUGGAUCCCAGCGACACAAGCUAUCAGCCAUCGUUGGAUGCCUAUGUCAAACGUCAUCCAGCUGCCAUCAAUUGGGUAAAAGCCCACAAUUUCUACCUUUGCGAACUGGAAAUCAGCAACAUCUUUGUUCUUGACUUCUAUGGAGGUCCUCACAAAGUAAGCGCCUCUGACUACUACGCUGUUUCGAAUUGACGAUCUCCUCCAGAAGGAAACAACUUUACGGCUCACAUACUUUGUCAACAAUUAAAUGAUAAGCAUAUUUGCACAACGCAUUUGCUCAACAGGAAAGAAUGAACACAAAAAGCCACUUUAUCAGUUAAGCCCUGUGAUUUCACUCGAUAGAACAAUAACUUUUAUAUAAAUAUAAAUUCCAUUGUCCUCGGA